UUUAUCUAUUCUUCCUCAUCAUAUGCAUGUAUAUAUAUAUAUAUAUAAACCAACGCGUCGAUGACCAAUGAAAUUCAUCAUCUUCGGCUACAUUAUUAAGAUUUAUAUGUACUUCCUAAUCUCUAUUUCCGUAGACAUCAAAAAUGGAAAAACAAGCCUCCAAAACAAAGAAAAACCUCAUCUUUAAGCUCUUCUCCAAGCACCCCUCCUUCCUUGUACUUGGGAAAUCUCCUCAUACUAGCUUCAACAGAAAUAAAGCAUCGUUCAACAAGAAGAUGAACAACAACAAGAACAACAAGAAUAACAAGAAGCCGAAGAUUACCGCUACCAACAAAGAGGCAAGUGAUAAACAUUCUCAGAAUCCAACUUCUCCGAAGAUAUCUUGCUUUGGAGGACUACUAACACCAAAGAACAAGAAGAAGAAGAAGAAGAAGAUGACGACGAUGACCAAGAAGCCGAGUACGAAGCCAUUGGUUUAUAGUAGGGUAAGAACGGUCGAAAGAUUAUAUAGUGGAGUUGGCAACGGUAGGAAUACACAUGUCCUAUCUCGAAUACCGAACAGUCUUGAGGUAAGGAGGCUUGCUAGUAGGCAUGAAACUUUCAAAAAGUUUGACAGGAGACUUUACUAUGAAAAUUUGGAGAAAGAUGAUGAUGAUGGUAAACAAGAAGAAGAGGUUGUGAUUGAUGUUUCCUCAAUAAAUUUAGAUGGUGGAGAUGUGAGUUUGGAGCCAAGGAAGGAGGUUAACCUUUGGAAUAGGAGGAGCAAGCUUCCUCCUCCCCCUCUUCAAUUGAAUUGAUGAUUUGUA